AUGCGCUCUUUCAUCCCCCUUUCUGAAGAGACUUCAGAGAGUACUCCAUCUCACCAAGAUAUGGAGUCACUAAGCCAGAACGCUCUCUAUGCAUUUUCUCUAUUGCAACUCACUCCUAGAAGGGAUUCAUCAUGCUCUCGUCAUGUCUCAACAACUUCCACUAGUUCCAAUGGGACAAAUGUCUCUCCAAAGCCCCCAGUAUCCCUCUCCCCUCCCCUUCAUGUUGAGCCUGAGCCACCUGCCACCCCUUCCCAAAAAGGAAUGUCAGCCUCUGGAUCCAAGAAUACACCCAUUCCACUAAAGAGAUUCAUAUCAGCCUCUGAGGGUAAAAGGAAGGCCUCCACUGAGCUCCAUAAUGUCACACACAAGAGGAGGAGAACAGAGGACAGACUAGAGUUCCAUUUCUUCAAGGGUAAAGGGAAGGCAAGGGAACUUAAUAUAUGGACUCAGGGCUCCUCAAUGAGCUCAGCCAGUAGCCCUGAAGACUCUGAGUCCAGCCCAAGGCAUUCAACCCCUGAAUAUCCUAUCUCCCCUCUAAGUUACACUCCAAAGAAGCCUUCUAAUCCAUCAAAACCCACCUCUUCCUUCACCUCCUUCAGGGGUGCCCCUCUCAACAUUAAUCAAUCUUCCUCAUCAAGUCAAGGUACAAGGGCAAGGAAACAGGACAAGAGUAGGGAGAUAUCAGAGUCAAUGGAGGUCAUUGACCUCUCUGAUUCUUCUGCACCUAGCAUGGAAUAUAUUGAACUUUCUGAUUAG